GUCAAAAUGUAACCAUCAUGCAUGUCAACAGUUCCGUGUGCUGUUUACAAGACAUUUUUUAGGUGACUCCUCAAAAUUAUGAGUUCCGACUUGAAUAAUGACUCUAAGUAUGAAUACAAUUUGUUAACGAAUGUUGGUCGAUUUGUGGAGCAACCAUGUCCGGAAGGAAAAUCCUAUUUAACUCGUGGCGACUACUCCUAUUUUCACUAUGCCUGCGAUGGUGUUAAUGAUGCGGGAUGGGGCUGCGGUUAUCGUACGUGUCAAUCGCUGUGUUCGUGGAUCAUUGCACAGCAGAAUCGAUCGGAAGUUGUACCGACAUUACUGGAGAUUCAAAAGAUUUUGGUAGACAUUGGCGAUAAGCCGCAAGCAUUUUUCGGCUCCAGGGAAUGGAUUGGAGCAUUGGAGGUUUUCUACAUAAUCGACACGUUAUUCGAUGUCUCCUGUAAGAUUCUACACAUUCCCAAAGGGGAAAUGAAACGUUACAUCAGCGUUUUACGUUUGUAUUUCGAGCAAUUCGGAGGUCUGGUGAUGAUGGGUGGUGACAUUGACGCUUCAUCCAAAGGAAUAGCUGGCAUCCAUAUCGCUGAUAAUGAAGCGUAUUUGUUGGUCGUUGAUCCUCACUUCGUUGGGAAGGCUUCCAGUCAAGCGCUAAUUUCACAAGGAUUUAUUAAAUGGCGUCACACGUCUGAAUUCUGUGAUAGCUCCUUUUACAACCUAUGUUUGCCUCAAUUGACCGCAUCGUAAAAUAAAUUUGUUUUCCUUUUUU